UAGACUAGCGAUGAUCACAUUGGUUUAUCACAGAUAAGCACAAUUGCUUUUGUGCCGCUGAAUUGUCAGUCUAUAUAAUCGUUGCUUGUCUAAGUAAUAACGGUCUUCAACAACGGUUUGGGUGUCACCUGAUAUAAAUCGACGACCAGCAGUAUUUUGCGUGAUGGCGUCUUGAUAGUGUGAAAUUUAAGUAUAAAAUGUCUUAUCAACAAUUAACGGACGAAACAUUUCCGACAAGCCUCCUGAUGGAGUUCGACAUGUUGGACGACGAAAUUCCCAUCAGCCCACCAAGAAUUCUUGAGGUGGAUAAGACAAAUACUGCUAAUGAGAUGCUGUCUUCGGAAGUCACCUCGCAUACUUCUGGAUCUAACACUUCUAGUGGAAACUACAGCUUUUCUACAGAAAAUGAAAAUGGCAGCGGCUCUAGCAGUUCGAGUAAUCCCACAACCAAGUAUCGGUCCUACACCAGUAAGCGUGCUACUACGACGAAAGAUUCGAACAAAAUAGCUACAAAGACGUCGACCAAAUCCGCGAAUCACCAGAAAAAAUCCAAGUCGCUAGAGAACCUUGUAAACAAGACCGCUUUGCUUGUACAAAAUAGCUCAACGAAAAAUCCAAAGUAUAGUCAUGUGAAAAGUAAGGUAAAGCAGUUUAUCGAUGAGACGACCAAAAAACAAGAUCGCAAACCAUUUAUACGUCACAAAUCCAUGCCGGAAUGCAGCCCCGAGCAUCCGCUGGAAGAGUGUGAUGAAAUCGAUCCAAUAACCUACUCUGAGCUGAAAAUUAGGCUUAAACAAAAAACCGAGGAGUUAAAUAAUUUGCAACGACAUCUAAUUUUUAAUGAAGCGCAAUUAGAGGAUAAUUUUUCCAAAAUAGGUGAUUUGAAACAUAAGAUUGAAGCAAUGCGUUUGGAGAAUUCUAGACGAGAAAUGGAACGCCAACGUGAACGAGAACUGGAGAAGGAACGAGAAAGACAACUAUUCUUGGAACCCUAUUUACGAUACAGCAAUCCAACACUAAACAAAACUUUCGCCUCGAUGAGCACGCAGACCAGUCCAGAUACACUUAUGGUGUUCAAUAUAAGUGCUUUGAAUAGUGACGAUGACGAUAGUUUUGAAGGGUUGAUGUCCGCGUCGGCUUCUUCAGGUCCAAACGUCAAACGUACACUUCAGUUUGCAUUAGAGCAGGAGCAAAACGAACAGCAUGAGAAUAACACAAAUGAAAACGUUAGUCCUGAUUCGGCAACGCAUCCCGAAAGAUCGACAGAUUACCCGCCUAUGUUGCCGUCGUCUGAUCUAGGCCAAUCAUCGCCAAGAGACGCAGAAAAUCGUGCGCUAUCAACACAAGAUUAUGUACAAGUUUGCAAUGAUUGUGCUAGCAGGAAAGAGAAAACAAAAAAGAAGAAAAACCGGCUGGCCAGUUUCUUCUGCAUUAAAAAAAAUAAUGAAUAAGCUUGUAAUUUAAUGUUUUUAUCAUCUUUGUACAACAGAAUAAUUAGCAUAGCGACAGCUUACAAGACCUAACAAUUAUAUUAAUACAUUUUAAGAAUCAUGAUUUUUGUAUGUGUAACUUGUGUUUGUUCUAAUAAAAUAAUGUCAUCUUGUUUGAUUUUUAA